CCCGCAUUAGAAUUAAAUUGGCGUGGGCGCAAGUGCACGUUAACUAUCAGUAGGUUUCCAUCUAACUUAUAAUGAACAACUCAAUUGUUAUUUUCGCGUUAUUUGUGAUAAUCACGGGUUAUCCUUCAGACUUUUCCGAAACUGUAGAGGAGUGUAUAAAGAAGGAAGAAUUAGGUAAUGAAACUCUUAAGAUCUAUCAGUACCUGCAGCAUCCCAUGGUGCCUUCAGAUGACGACGAGUACAACAAAUUCUUCGGGUGCUAUUGGAAGUCACUGGGGCUACUCGAUAAAUUUGGAAAUGUAGAUACCGAAAAGGUUGACAAAUACUUUGAGGAUUGGCGAGGAAAUAAGAUACCAACAAAAAGUAGAGCGGACGCUAUAAGUAAAUGUAAACACUUUCAUGGGGGUAGCUGCGGGCAAAGAGCAGUUAAGAUUUAUAAUUGUAUUAAUUUGCAUUUUUCUGAGUUGGGAUUAUUGUCUGCAUGAAAAACAUCGGUAAUACCUUGAUGCAUGUGCGUACGUUACAAAAUUUUGGCAUUCCAAAUUUAUUGUAGAGAAAAUGCUUUAUUUGUUAGACUAUGACCUAAAAUGGAGGAUAAGGGUUGGAUAAAUAAAUAACUGCCGUAUCUUUUUA